ACCAGACACUCGGCUUGUACUGGUGUGUAUUCUAUGACGUGUCAUGGUAGCCCCUCGCGAUGUGAUUCGCGUUUGCUGUAUAUUCGGCGACGUUUUUUCUCGCGCAGAAAUAAAAAUCCUCACGCGAUAAAGGAACAAGACCGCGGCUUAUGUGGUGUAUAAUGCGAUUGAAUGCUUUCGCUUAGACAAGUGGUCUCACGUGAGAAGCGUGAACGGAACGGUGGACACGUCGAGUAGGAUCGGAGCGAUAACGACGACGAUAGGAACAAUGACAGCGAUCACGGUUUUCUACACGUUGUGCGUUAUUUACGGCGCCACGGCCUUCUACUUACCUGGUCUGGCACCCGUGAAUUACUGUAAGGCCGGGGAAGCUACGUUAACCUGUAAGCCUGAAAUCAAGCUGUAUGUGAAUCGUCUGAAUACAGAAAAAAAUGUAAUACCAUAUGAAUAUAGUCAUUUCGACUUCUGUACGGCAGAAGAUGAAGCGUCUCCGGUUGAGAAUUUGGGACAAGUUGUUUUCGGAGAACGCAUACGACCAUCGCCGUACAAGUUGGACUUCUUAAAAGAUGUUAAGUGUGCUCCAGCUUGCAAGCCAAAAAUAUACACAGGUGAUGAAAGUUCAGAGGAGAAGUUGGAAUUGUUGAGAAACGCGAUAGAAGCAAAUUAUCAACAUCAUUGGAUUGUUGAUAACAUGCCGGUAACUUGGUGUUAUCAGCUGGAAGAUGAACGACAGUAUUGUAGCACAGGUUUUCCAAUGGGUUGCUACUCCAAAGAAUCUAGAUCGCAACAAGACACCUGCACUAUACAUGGUCCGUACAACAAACCAAGGACUUACUAUCUAUUCAAUCAUGUGAACCUUACUAUAACAUAUCAUAGUGGCGGUUCAGAAGAAUGGGGAUCAUCCUUUAAGGAAAACGGUGGUCGUAUUAUAUCUGUGAAAGUAGUGCCUCGCAGUAUUAAACAUACCGGUACGGUUGAUUGCGAGAGUCAAAUACCAUUAGAGUUACCAUCUUCCAAACUUCACAAUGGAGAUACGUUCCAAGUGCAGUAUACAUAUUCUGUUAAAUUUGUGAAAAACAAUACCAUUAAAUGGUCGUCCAGAUGGGAUUAUAUCUUAGAAUCGAUGCCACAUACAAAUAUCCAGUGGUUUAGUAUUCUUAACUCGUUAAUAAUCGUUCUGUUUCUUUCUGGUAUGGUGGCUAUGAUAAUGCUUCGCACACUGCACAAAGAUAUCGCUCGAUAUAAUCAGGCCUACUUCCAGAUAGAAUCAGGAGAGGAUGCGCAGGAGGAAUUCGGAUGGAAGUUGGUUCACGGCGACGUGUUCCGUCCACCGCGUAAAGGAAUGUUGCUUUCGGUUUUGCUCGGAUCCGGUGUUCAAGUAUUCUGCAUGACAUUGGUCACUCUAGCAUUCGCUUGUCUCGGUUUUCUCUCGCCUGCUAAUAGAGGCGCGCUAAUGACUUGCGCAAUGGUAAUGUAUGUUUGUCUGGGAGCGAACGCGGGAUACGCCGCCGCUCGGGUAUACAAGAGCUUCGGCGGAGAGAAAUGGAAGUCUAACGUGCUCCUCACAGCCAUGCUUAGUCCCGGAAUUGUGUUCGGUUUAUUCUUCAUAAUGAACUUGAUAUUCUGGGUGAAUGGAAGCUCGGCCGCUGUACCUUUUAGCACUUUGAUCGCGCUCCUAGCGUUGUGGUUUGGCGUGUCCGUGCCGUUGACAUUUUUCGGCGCGUAUUUAGGCUUCAAAAGAAGAGCUCUGGAGCAUCCGGUGCGGACGAAUCAGAUUCCUCGACAGAUACCAGAACAGAGUUUUUAUACACAGCCAAUACCCGGCGUUAUUAUGGGUGGUGUCUUACCGUUUGGCUGCAUAUUUAUACAAUUAUUUUUUAUACUUAAUUCUCUAUGGUCGAGCCAAGUAUAUUAUAUGUUCGGAUUUUUGUUUCUGGUAUUUGUUAUACUCGUCAUCACGUGUUCCGAGACGACAAUUCUACUUUGUUAUUUUCAUCUCUGUGCGGAGGAUUACCAUUGGUGGUGGCGUAGCUUUCUCACAUCCGGAUUUACUGCUGUCUAUUUGUUAAUUUAUUGUAUACACUUUUUCAUCACCAAAUUAGACAUUGAAGGCGCCACUUCUACGUUCCUGUAUUUCGGAUACACAUUCAUUAUGGUUUACUUAUUCUUCCUUUUGACAGGUUCUAUUGGUUUCUUUGCCUGUUUUUGGUUUGUGCGCAACAUUUACAGUGUUGUGAAAGUUGAUUAAAAUAAGUCUUAUAAUGUGGCGAGAACAAUGCCUGCGCAUGAGUGUGACAAGUGAAAUUGAUCGCGACGAGAAUGAGCGAUAGUCGAUAUCAUAAAGAAACUUGCGUGCAUUAAGAAAAAAAAAAAACUAUUUAAUGAUAAGAUGAACGAAUAAUAAUGCACUUUUCGCAUUAUUGUCGCGACAAAUAUCUCUCUCAUCGAGUCGCAAUAGCAUAAAAUAACUUAUUGACGCGACACAGUUUCAUAUAGAGAGUGAACAUCUAUUUGAACGUCGGUAUCAUUAUCGGCUAUCCUGCAUUCUCCAGAAUCUAUUUUCUGAAGAAAAAAAAAAAGUAUCUAACGAUACGCUCCUCGAAGAUGUACGUUUUUAGAUGUUUGCAAGAAGUACGUGUGUACUGUACGAGCAUUUUAUUCAGUUUUUCGUUUGCAGAAUACUUAUUAUUGGAAAUACCUUGCAAAAAAAAAAACCUUUAUACGACGCACAGCCACGGCAAAGAGAUUUUCAAAGUAUAAUAAGUGUAAUAAGUUAAUAUCGCAACAUUUUUGGAUUCUGGCUUUGAAAUACUCAGUAUUAAUUAUUUCUACAUUUCUCGAAGAGAUUUUUAACAAAGGAUUGAAACUUUUUUAGUUCCGUAAUAAUAAUAAUAUAUACAUAUUUUGAUAAUUUGUAUUGCAAGGAACGUGCGUGUGUCGUAUUUAGAAAAAGAAAAGACAGAUAAUCAAGUUAUAUAAAUUUGAAAAGAGAACAAAUUACAAAGCUUCUAUACAUAUAUAAAUAUAUAAGAUACACAAAUAAAGAAAAAUGUACAAAUUGAUAAACUAAAUUAACCAAUGAAUCUUGUGUCUCCUGUUUUUUUUGUUUCUUUCAAGCUUUUUCUUUUUCUCACAGUCUAAAAAUAUAGUAUUCGUAAUCGUGACGUAUGUAAUAGUCAAUAUGCACAUUCUAUACUCAGAUUUUGUAAACUAAAAUACUUACAAUGUUAGUAUGUUGAUAAUGUUAUUAUGGAAAUACAAAUAAAAUUCUCCAGUAAGUUUA